UCACCGAGCGGACUAACGGAACACACCGACAGCUCCGGUAACGGAUUAAUAUCAGGAUUUUUAAGGUCUCGAGGGAAUCCCUGACACCGACCGAGCAACUUUAACCACUUUAUCCUCCUGACACCGUUUGGACGCGGCUUAACUGCGGCUUUUACGCACACAUUUAACCACCACCCGCAACAGUUCACGCAAUGCUUCUGGAGCGCGACGACAGCUUCAUGUCGGAGUUUGAGGACGCGUGCAGCGCCUGGGUGGACAGUGUGGGCUCGAGCCCCAGCGACGGAGCCGAAUCUGACGUGGGAUCACCUUUCUGUCAAGUUUUCUCUCCGGGAACUGACGCCUCUGACUCAGAUUUCUUCUCCGACUUCAGCGACUGCUCCUCGGACACGCUCUCUCCCUCUCUCGGCUACACCGCCAGCUUCUUCACCGAGCCGGAGUCGGUGCCAGCGGCGGCGGCGGCGGGGCUAAGCAGCACCGCGGACGCGAUCCUCAACAUGAUUACAGAGAUCGUUGGGAUCUGCACCGAGAUGGAACAGCAGGGCGACACCGGCUCUCUCCGCGAGUCCAGCCCCUCCUCUGCGGCGCCCUCCCCGGCCACAGCCUCCCUCUCGCCCCCGCUCUUCGCUCCUUCUCCCUGCUUGGCUCCCAGCUCUGACUUGAGCAUCCCUCCCCCGGAGGCAGCCCAGCAGCUGCCCGCCGCCUCGGUUUCACACCCAGUGGUGGUUAAGAGCGAGUUUGCGACCUCCAGCUGCGGCAGCGGGUGUGGACAUUCUUCAAUGACCGGGAAUGAUGCUUUAUACCCGGCCAGCGCAGACUCUCUCCUCCCGCUGUCGGCUCUGGAGCAACAGGUGGAUGUGGCUGAGUUCAUCGACUCUCUGCUGAGCUCCGAGCCCGGGCAGGGCGAGCUGAAGCCCGGCUGUGAGGUGAAGCAGGAGCCGCUUGGGCUGGAGGACUGGCUAAAGAGCUUAGUUGCUGCACCGGUUACCGGGGGAGACUCCGGCAGCUACGUCAUCAGCAGACCGGUCAAGACGGAGCUCGUGCAAAGCGGGAGCAACCUGCACUUCUCCCCCACCCCCCUCCCCUCCACCCUGGACGCUCAUCUCCUCUCCUCCCUACUGCAGGGCGCGUUCCCGAUAGUCAACAUCAGCAGUGGGCACGCGACAGGAACCCCCAAACUGUCACGCGGGGGCAGAAGAGCUCCCGCCAAGAACGGCCUUAAAGCGAAACCCUUCCCGUGCUCCGUGCAGGGGUGCGAGCGCCGCUUCUCGCGCUCGGACGAGCUGAACAGGCACGUGCGCAUCCACACAGGACAGAAACCCUUCCAGUGCACCAUUUGCGCGCGCAGCUUCAGUCGCAGCGACCACCUGACCACGCACACGCGCACACACACCGGGGAAAAGCCCUUCUCAUGCGACGUGUGCGGCAAGCGCUUUGCGCGCAGCGACGAGAGGAAGAGGCACGGGCGCGUGCACGUCAAGCAGCAACUGCGCGCGCAGAUGAUGGCCGCCUACUCCCUGGCUCUGAACGCGCCUGGCGUCUAAACAGCAGCGAUUAGUGGGCCGCUGAGGCUGCUGUGGAGAGAAGUUAUAAAACCAUCAACCGGAAAGCGUCAGAGAGACGUUUCCAUAUGACGUCACACUUAAGGCGAUUUUACCUGAGGCCACGAGGCCGGGAAAAAAAAGGUGUUCAGAGGACUUUAAAGUCCGGACCCCGGCUCCUCUCAUAUCGCAUGUGUGAGACUACGGUGCAUUGGAUUGUGGGAGCUGAUGGAGGGGGACUCGGAGCAUGGAGUUAAAGACUUUGGCUUCCUGACGGUGUUCAGGUGUGACCCCGGACCCGCGGGUGCACCUGACCAUCGGUGCUUGUUGCUUGUGACUCUGAACGUGUCUGAUGACAGUCUGUGGACGGAGCGGAGGAGAGUGUUGCUUGUAAAAUAUUGAUUUCAGACUUUUUAUCUGCAUGAGGACGCAAACAGUGAGCAAACUGUGAAUGUUGACGUCAGAAUGUCGUGAUUCUGUUUUGACUCAAAUAUUUUUAUGUCAACCCGCUUUAUAUUUGACAUCACCGAGUUAUAUGUUUGUACUAUAUCUCUAUUUUUCUAGUGUUUGUCUACCUGCAUAUUUGAAGACGCCAGAUUUCUAUGGCGGAUAAAUGUGUGAUGAUGUCACUUUUCUAUGAAACGAUUGUAAACGGUCCACGAGGACACCGAAUGAACUUUAUUAUAUAAUCUUCAUUCUGACAUUUCAAUGCAGGUCUCACUGCACUGAUGCAUUGUGGGAUACGUGUCCUGGUGUCUGUACUGUAAAACACUCAGUGUGAGCUGAGCUCGGAGUAGCACACAUGGCUGUGCAGGUUAAUGUGCCCUCGUUCUGCAUGGAGGCUGCUGUCAGUAAACAAAUAAACAAACAAACAA